UUACAGAGAGGGAGACAGACACACACAGGAGAAAACGUGCGUGUGACACAAAACAGAAACAGAGGCUGAGACUUUGACGAUGUGCCGGCCCGUGGACGCUACACAACUCUCCACCUGGGCGCUUUGGACGAGAGGAGCACGUAGAAUCUGACAACAUGUCUUCAAACACCUCGGCCGAUAAUCUGUGUGCACCCAACAACCAGCUCUGUAUUGUGACGUACCACAUGAAAGAGGUGAUCAUCGUCCCCACGCUGCUCAUCCUGGGGAGCCUGGUCACCUUACUGGCCCUGUGCUUAGUGAUGUGUUGUCCUGAACGGACACAGAGCAGAGCCCCUCAGCGCCCCCACAGCUCAUCACACAGACACAAUCAGAGGAAGAGCCAACGGCCUCACCUACAGGGAAUCGAUGCCCCCCCAGGGAUAAACCCGCUAGAACACGAAGAACUGCCAAUGUCAGUUCAACAAGUGCAGCGGCAGACAGUCGUGCCAACUCGGGCUGCAGUACCUCAAGUGUCCACAGAGAGGCAGCACGGAGCCUUCAGCCAGGUCACUGCCCUGCCGCGGUCCUUCUCCAUUAAGCCGGACGACACAGUCAGCCUCUACAGAGCGCGCAUGGACAACAGGGACGUCGUCCUGAGGAGGCUCAAAGAACGGGCCAGCAGUAGUGAGAAGCAGCACUUUUUCGGUUUCGCUUCCUUCGUGUCAGGACUGGGGCCCCACCCCUUCAUACCUGAGCUGCUGGGUGUGGUCUCCGUCCAGCCGCCCCCCAUGAUGGUGGUGGAGGAGCUGCUACACAGAGACCUGCUGGGGUACCUGUGGAGAUGUCGACAGAAUAACUCCGGUUCAGAGUCCUCAUGUGAAAUGACAGAGAAGAGGAUCUUCACCAUGGCAGGACAAGUGGCCUCUGCUCUGGAGUACCUGCACAGUCAGCGCUGCAUCCAUGGCAACCUGGGAGCUCGCAGCGUGCUGGUUGGUGGAGAUCUGACAGCGAAGCUGUGGGGAUUAGGCUCCGCCUACCGCAGGACUACAAGCGCCGGCCCCGCCGAGGAAAUAGGAGACAAGGAGAUGAGGAAGUGGCAGGCACCGGAAGUGUUAAGCAGAAGAGACUUCCGUCAGAGUAGUGACGUAUGGUCCUUUGGUAUGCUGCUCUAUGAAAUGGUCACAUUGGGUGACCCACCGUUUGCCCAGAUCUCUGUAAAUGAACUUCUGCAGAAUCUACAAAGAGGAAAGCAUCUCAAACGGCCCGUCAGAUGCUCCAACUCACUGUACUCAAUCAUCAGGGCCUGCUGCCAUUGGGGCCCCGAACAACGCGUCUCGAUGCCAGAGCUUAUUAAGAAGCUUCACCAGGCAGAGCGCUCAGCCAAUGGGAGCACAGUCAUCAGAGCGGCUGCACCACUGGACAUCGAGAAAUACCUCAGGGAGGCGGGGUUUGGAGAAGCGUACAACUACGCUGUGCUCUGAUUGGCUGAGACCGUCAUCAGUCGGAACUUCUCUGGAUAGAAUAAUGAAGGAUUGCAAUGAAAUAGAACUUCGGGAGAAAAAAAAUCAACCACGUCAAACGUUUAUACUGUAUAUUUGGAAAGUAUGUAUAUAUAUCGGGUGUAAAUAUAUUUCUUUUGCGUAGUAUAACUAUCAUCAUCAUCUGAAAUACUCAUAAUGAAAGAAGUUAGCAGCACUUUUGCAGCUGUAAAGGAAGGAAAUUGUGUUAUGCAGAGAAACGUUCCAGAAGCGAGGACACGAGGUGCACCAUAAUAUAUUGUGUGAAGAGACAAUACUUCACUGUAAAACUGCCGUGAUGCAACAAAUGACCAACAGCCGCAGAUGUAGUGAGUGAGACAGUCAGGUACAGCAAAUGGUGAACUUUAAAGCAUCAUAAUGCCAAAAACACGUUCCUACAAACCUACAAUGAUCCAUUCUCACAUUUCAGACCAUAGAAGAUAAUGGCACACAGCGGAAGUAAUCCAUACACGUGAACAAUUAUUAUAAAGAGCACUAUACAAAAGCUAUGCAUUCACUGAAGGUCAGUUCGGUCAAAAAUAAAAACACAUGGUUGUAAAAGA